AUGGCUUUUACCAGUAGCAUAUCCAAGACGUUGGCAGAGAGAGCUCUGUUCUCAGGUAUCAGUACUCGUUCUGCGAUAUACGGUAGGUGGUCACCGUGAGACGGUAAAUUAGUUCAAAUUCUAGCUCCAGCGAACUAUUUGUCCAGUUAUCGUGCAUUUACACAAGACAGAUCAGAGAAGAAAGCCAUUCCUUCCACAACUACACUUCUCAAAGUUGAUUGGUUGUUACAAAAAAUAGUUGGUCUGUUAUCAAUGGAAUUCAAAAAUAUUUGCCUUAAAGACUCCACUUGUAUUGAAGUCGAACAUUCGGGAUUUUAUCGACAUUUGCAAAGAAGAUGUUCAACUUGAAGACCGAGUGUUCUCGUAUAAAAUGGAAGGACGCACAGCUCUUUUAACCCAUAUAGCAAAGAUCAGAAUGUAUUAUCGAUAUCUGUCGCCUUUCAACAAAGUCGAGGUACGAAAUAACAGGGUGGGAUCAGGGUGAGUUCUCGAGACUAAAAGAGGCAAUCUAUCGGGAAUUGGGGGUCUUAUGGUUGCCGCAGGUUCGGCAAUCUCAAUCCGACCGUAAGGUCGGAACAAUUUUUUUGGCGUUUUUCAAUUUUAAAAUUUUAAACAUCCCGCACCUAUGCGGCCUGAUUCCGCAGGCUCCAACUUGAUCCACAAAUUUCGAAAAUUUUGAAAAAAAAGCCUCAACUUUGUACAAAAAUGGGCGGAGCGGUAGCAUGACUCAAUGAGUCAGACUCAUAUUCUGAAUCUUUCAGUGGAUAGGAUCGUGUGUAUACGAAAACGAAGACGUCAUCAUUGUUUUAUGGCGCUUAUCUACACUUGAUUCAAGUUUCAUGUCCUAUUUUCCAACUUUUAUCACCAAAAAGAAGCCGAAACUGAUUGUCAAAGAAGGAGCAUUUGAUAUUCAAGUCGACAAUCAGGGACAUAUUAUGCGUAUCGUCAAUAGACCGGUAUGAUUGAUUUAUGCUUUCUACUCCUUGGAAUUUUUUCACUUGUUUGUCAGAUCACUGCUUCUGAUAGAGAAGGAGCGAAAUCACUUGCUCAGAUGAAAAGGCAGUACGAAGAGGGCCGAAUCAGAAAUGAAGUAAACGAAUCAAGGAAAGAGUUUGAUAGACAAUACCACCAGUGA